AUGUCCAAGCCUAUCACGUCUGAAGCGGGACUCAAAGCCGGUCUGGUUGAUCAGAUUGUUCCAAGCAAUGCCCUGCUGACCACCGCCAAGGCGUGGGCUCUGGAUAUUGCCAGCGGCAGGAAACCAUGGCUGAAGACGCUGGAGAGGAACGAUAGGAUUGAGAGCCUGGGCGAGGCUCGAGCCAUUUUCAAGUUCGCCAGGGCUCAGGCGGUUCAGACGGCUCCUAACCUGACUCAUCCGCUGCGGUGCCUGGACGCCAUGGAGUAUGGCGUCACCCAUGGAGGGUACGCCGGCAAUCUCAAGCCUCGACCCCUUCGCAAGGUGGCAGUGAUUGGAGGGGGGUUGAUGGGUUCUGGGAUCGUCACCGCGCUCAUCACGGCCAAGAUUCAAGUCAUCCUCAAGGAGGUAAAUGCCCAGUUUCUCCAGCAAGGACUGGACCGUGUCAAGGCGAAUUUCCAAGGCAGGCUAAAGAAGGGGAGGAUGACACAGGAGCAGGUGGAUAAGAUUAUGUCACUCCUCAAAGGCACGCUCUCCUACGACGAUUUCGCUGACGUGGAUCUGGUUAUUGAGGCUGUGAUUGAGAGCAUCCCAUUGAAGCAGCAGAUCUUCCAGGACCUGGAGAGGGUGUGCAAGCCUGCAUGCAUCCUCUCGUCCAACACGUCAACCAUCGAUCUCAACGUUGUUGGCGCCAAGACUCGCUCCCAGGAUCGCAUCAUCGGCGCACACUUCUUCAGCCCUGCCCACGUGAUGCCGCUGCUGGAGGUGGUUCGCACGGACAAGGCCUCCCCGCAGGCCAUCCUGGAUCUCAUCACCCUGGGCAAGACCAUCAAGAAGACGCCCGUGGUGGUGGGCAACUGCACGGGCUCUUCGAAUGAACUAACCAGUCUAUAUCUUUUUCUGUUCUCCUACUCUCCCCCUCUCACGCCGACCCCGCGCAGCCCUGCGCACGUGAUGCCGCUACUAGAGGUGGUUCGCACAGACAAAACUUCCCCGCAGGCCAUCCUUGACCUCAUCACUCUGGGGAAGAACAUCAAGAAGACGCCCGUGGUGGUGGGCAACUGCACAGGAUUUACUGUCAACCGUGUCUUCUUCCCCUACACCAUGGCCGCCUGCCUGCUCGUGGACCUGGGGGUAGACCUGUACCGGAUUGAUCGGGUCAUCAAGGCCUUCGGCAUGCCCAUGGGACCCUUCAGGCUGGCUGAUCUGGUGGGAAUGCAAGUGGGGCAGGCAGUGGGGACGCAGUUCGUCACUGCCUUCCCUGAGCGGGCCUACAAGGCUGCACUCAUCCCGCUCCUGGUUGAGGCCAAACGUUUUGGGGAGAAGUCAGGCAAGGGCUUCUAUCUCUACGACAGCAACAGGCGGCAGCGCCCGGACCCGGCGAUCAAGGAGUUUGUGGAGCAGGCAGGGAAGUACAACAACAUCAAGGCGGGCGGCAAGCCCGUGGCAGUAUCUGACAGGGACAUCGUGGAGAUGAUCUUCUUCCCCGUGGUGAACGAGGCGUGCCGUGUGCUGGACGAGGGCAUCGUGGUGCGCGCUUCGGAUCUCGACAUUGCUACGGUCAUGUCCAUGGGCUUCCCCCCCUACCG